AUGUCACCACUAGUACCGGACCUGCGCCUGAUACAAAAUGUACCUGCCAGUGAAGACCCCGACACCAUCUACUUUCCCGGUGCUUGCUACCAUCUAUGCGCUGUCCAGAUCCCUGACUUUCCCAAAGGCGACAGGUGGUGCGAGCAUAACAAGCAGUCCCUGCAGUAUCAAAGGAUGAACGGCGUAUACGCUCUGUGCCUCGCUGAUCGCAUACAUCUCCCACCAUCCCCGCCCUUGACCAUCACCCUAUCCCAACGCUUGUGCGGCGGAAUUCGAGAACACGUUACUCACGUUUGGACCGCUACAUCGUCUUCUUCGCCAAAGGACACACCCUCUACAAUCGUCGCCAAGUUUUAUGAUCCCCUAUACUUCUGUGACGAGUACGACAACGUUGAUCCUCUUCGCCUUGCGGCAUGGUCUGCCUGCGAGCCGAAGUGA